AUGUGCCUGCUGCUGCCCUGCCCCGUGCUCUGCGCGGUCCUCGCCUUCGCGACGAACAGCGACGCCGUGAGCGCGCCGACCCUCGGCGGGCUCUACGCGUACGCCGUCGACCACGGCGUCGGCGGCCUCUUAGGCGACAGCUUCGCGUUCAUCGGCGUCGGCACGACGGAGGCCUGGACGUUCCUCGCCGUCUUCAACACGCUCGCGCUCCUCAUCUACUGGUGGCCCGGCGAGACGAAGUGCGGCCCGCUCACGGCGACGGGCCACCUCCCCGAGUACGUCGACAACGGAGUCGCGCACUGCGCGCUGUUCAGCGGCCUCUACGCCGGCGGCGCCUACCUGGGCUGGUACGACUUUGGGGUCCUCUUCGACGUCUUCGGCCCCACCGUCGGCGCGCUCAACGCCUUCGGCCUCGUCUUCUGCGUCUUCCUCUACUUUAAAGGAUUGCACUCCCCGUGCACGAAAGACAGCGGCACGUCGGGCGGCGGCUUCGUCUUCGACUACUACUGGGGCAUGGAGCUCUACCCGCGCAUCUGCGGCGUCGACGUGAAGAAGUUCGUCAACUGCCGCUUCUCCAUGACCUUCUGGCAGCUCGCGGGCGCGUGCUACGCGUACCGGUCCUAUACUAUCCACGGGAAGCUCGACCCGGGCCUCUUCCUCGCGGCCGUGUCCCAGUACGUCUACCUGGUCAAGUUCUUCGUCUGGGAGAUCGGCUACAUGCGGUCCAUCGACAUCAUCGUGGACCGCGCGGGCUUCUACGAGACGUGGGGGUGCAUCGUCUGGGUGCCCACCGUCUACACGCUGCACUCGCGCAUCUGCGUGACGUCGCCGUCCCAGCUCUCCUGGCCCGCGGCGCUGGCCAUCUUCGGCGUGGGCAUCGCCGGCGUGGGGUUGAACUACUGGGCGGACAACCAGCGCAUGACGUUCCGCGAGAAGAAGGGCGACUGCCUCGUCUGGGGGAGGAAGCCCGUCUACAUCGAGGCCAAGUACGUCACGGUGGACAAGGCGACGGGCGUCCUCCAGGAGCACGACUCGCUCUUGCUCGCCUCGGGCUGGUGGGGCCAGGCGCGCCACCUCCAGUACUCGUUCGAGCUCACGGCCGCGUGGUCCUGGGGGCUCCUCGCGAACCCGGCGGUCAACGGGCCGCUGCCGCUCUUCUACGCCGUCUUCCUCACGAUCCUCCUCAUCCACCGCGCCAUCCGCGACGAGGAGAAGUGCCUCAAGAAGUACGGCCAGUACUACGAGCAGUACAUGGACAUCGUCAAGUACAAGAUCAUCCCGGGCGUCUACUAG